AAGAAGAGAAUUCAAACAGAAAAAAAAGUAAAUAAAAAAAUUACAAACAAUGUUUAAAGAAAGCGAAAUUAAUUACUACAGUGAUGAACUAAAUCUGAGAAGAAUCAUUAAUUCAGUCGAUUUACAAGAUGUAGAUGAAGCUCUAAACAUCUGUGAUAUAAGCAAAAUUGAACAGAAACUGCAAAUUUGGCAAAAAUACAUGCCACGGGUCAAACCUUUCUACGCUUUGAAAUGCAAUGAAGAUCCUUUGAUUGUGAAAACUUUAGCAAAUUUGGGAACCGGUUUUGAUUGUGCUUCAAAAAGUGAAAUUAAACAAAUUCUUAAUAGCGGCGUUCAGCCAGAACGUAUUAUUUUUGCCAAUCCUUGUAAACCGGCAUCACACAUAGAGUAUGCCAAAGAAAAUCAAGUACGUUGCAGUACUGUUGACAGCGAAUUUGAGAUUUAUAAGCUUCAUAAGCAUUAUCCGGAAUCCCAUUUAGUGAUACGAUUUCGAUAUGACGCCAAAGAUGCCCAAAUUGCCUUUGGGGACAAAUUCGGUUGUGAUCCCGAACAUGAAGCACCUGCUUUAAUGUUAUUAGCAAAAAGUUUGCAAUUAAACGUCAUAGGUACUAGCUUUCACGUUGGUACAGGUUGCAAUGAUUUGCCUGCAUACGAACGCGCUAUAAGAAUUUCUAAGAAGCUCUUCAAUUUCGGCUCAUUAAUCGGUUUUAAUAUGCGCUUAUUAGAUAUUGGUGGGGGCUUUCCCGGAGAUGAUGAUGAGAAAUUUAAAAAUAUAGCUGAUAUUGUCAACAGCUCACUAAAACUUCACUUUCCUAAUGACGAUGUAAAUAUUAUAGCUGAACCAGGACGCUUUUUCGUCGCCGCCGCUUAUACCUUAAUAUGCAAGAUAUAUGCAAAGCGAGAAAUCCGUUCACCGCUUAAUAAUAAGCUAUUAACGAAAAUGUAUUAUUUAAACGAUGGCAUGUAUGGUUCUUUUAACGGAAUUUUUUACGAACAUCAACAAAUUACUGUGCAACAUUUUCUGGAGGAAAACGAGGAAAAUAAAUUACCAAGAUUUAAAACUAUUCUUUGGGGGCCUACCUGUGAUUCCUUGGAUAAGAUAAUCGAAGAUUUGGAGUUACCCGAUUUGCAAUGUGAUGAUGUGUUGGCUUUUCCGAACAUGGGUGCUUAUAGUGUAACUUUAGCCAGACCUUUCAAUGGGUUCUUGUCACCUAGAAUUCUAUAUUUUCGAAAAAUCCACAGCUCGUCCUAGCUCACAAUAAUUUUCUCUCUCUUGUUCUCCUGUUGGUUCCCUUAACUUCGCGAUUUAUUUUAGCAAUUUCUUUUCGUUCGCUAUAUAAACUUUAUGAGUUUCUCAUUUCUCUUUCUACAUUCCUCACUACAUUCAAUUAUUUCUAAACAGCAACGUUGUGUUUUUUCUUCUAGAUCACUGAAUUGCUGAAACUCUUCGAAUGUUAAGUCAUUAGGUUCUUUUUGUCCAUAGGUUCUUCCCAUUGGCAUACCUGUCAUUGCAUUUUCACUCUCCUCGUCUAUAUUAGUCCCUAGCAGCUAUCUUAUCAUUUAAAUUUGUAUCUAGAACUCUUACUUUCUCGAAGAAAAUAUUCCCCGCAAAUGAAUUAAACAGGAGGGAGCUUUCAAGCAAUUUUCUGUGUACCAUCUUUGGCGAAAUGCUUUUCACAUACAAGCACUGUCCUCUGAGUUAGUUCGAAUACUAACCAAGCCGCCUAUGCUCUACCAAGCUCGCCCUCAGGUACAACAAAUAAUUUAGCAAAACUAUUUAAAGAGUUCACUUUGCACCGCGGAACUGCGCAUUUGCGUCCCGUUUACCAUGACGUGGGCUUCGCAGCGGAGAACUCCUCCUUGAGAGCGUAUUAAAAUAUUAGCAAAUAAUUUUAAUGGAAUGAAUAUCCUUUCUACACUUUGUAAUUCGUUCAAUAUAAUAAAUUUAUGAUAAUAUUAAAAAUCUGCUUAAAAUAUGCCUAAGUGCAAUCUCGAAAUAGCAUGCUUACGUAAGUAGAACUUGUCGAUUAGGCGGUGGUCGAAAUGAUGGCUGCAAACUUACCACGAAGGCUUAAGUGAUUCGGCUACAAUCCCCAAAUUUUCACACUUUUAGUUCUGUAUUCGAGUGAUUUUGGAAAAUCGUACAAAUUAAAUCACGUUAUCUUCUAUGCAGCUUUUACUGCCAGACACAAUGAAUUUUUUGGGCACUUGUCACUUUGGCGUUUUGCACUUGUAUAUAUUUUUAUACUUUU